AUGGCAGUCAAAAAAUUCCUUCAAACUAAUUUAAAUUUUGAAAAAUGGCUUGAAGAAGAAAAGCAAGCCAAAAAUGAAAUAGAAACUAUUCGGCGCAAAAGGAGUGAAUGGAAGAAAUGCUGUUGUAAAGAUGCAAGAAGGGAAGAACGAUUCGAUGAAACACUUUUUUGUUUUUACCAUCGCAUCUUUAAGUAUGCCCAUUGGUUGAGAGAAAAACUGACCUCUGCUGAGGUUCAAAAAGAAGAAUUAAAAUCCUUAAUUGAAAACGUUCAAGCAAUUCUAAAAGUGGUAGAAACUACCUAUCAGCACGAAAAAGCCGAAUGGGAACUAGAUAACUCAAAAGAGGCGGGUCAGAAUGAAGAUUAUGAAAUUAUUAAUAAAGGAAUAAUAGAAUUAGAACAAGAAACCACUGAAUGA